AUACGAAUCUCUCUGCAAUUCCUUGGCCCCGUUUCAAUAGCCCCCCGUCAUCAUCUCCCUCCUCCUCCGUUGUCAAUCGGCGAACGCCCCCACUACGCUUCUGGUUCUCUGCUUCUCAGACCUCGUCGAAUCGUGCCUUCCCUUUCGCGCCCUCUCAUUACGAGUUCCUACGCGCAAUCUCCACCUACUCCCGAUCCAAAGCGAGCUCAUUUGAUCCGAUUCUCGGGGCGUGCCGAUCUGUCGCUAUCGCUCGCGCUUGACUUCCCUUUCUCCGCGUCUUUUAGGCAUCGGGAAUGGCGAACCGAGUGGAUCAUGAGUACGAUUACCUGUUUAAGAUCGUCUUGAUCGGGGACUCUGGCGUGGGCAAAUCGAACAUCCUCUCGAGGUUCACGAGGAACGAGUUCUGCUUGGAAUCUAAGUCCACCAUCGGCGUUGAGUUUGCGACGAGAACUCUGCAGGUUGAGGGAAAGACAGUCAAGGCACAGAUAUGGGACACUGCUGGUCAAGAGCGAUAUCGAGCCAUUACCAGUGCCUACUACAGGGGAGCAGUGGGCGCUCUGCUAGUUUAUGACAUAACAAAGAGGCAAACCUUCGACAAUGUCCAGAGGUGGCUUCGGGAACUGAGGGACCAUGCAGAUUCUAACAUAGUAAUUAUGAUGGCCGGUAACAAGUCUGAUUUGAACCACCUAAGAGCUGUACCUGGGGACGAUGGUCAAGCCUUGGCUGAGAAGGAGGGCCUUUCAUUUCUUGAGACCUCAGCAUUGGACACGACUAACAUUGAGAAAGCGUUUCAGACAAUUUUGACAGAGAUCUACCACAUCAUAAGCAAAAAGGCAUUGGCAGCUCAGGAAGCUGCUGCUACCACGCUUCCUGGUCAAGGAACCACAAUUAAUGUCGCUGAUGCCUCAGGAAAUAACAAGAGAGGCUGCUGUUCAACUUAAGGCAACACUGUGAUUCAGGAGACAAAAUUUGAGUGGUAAUUAACCCAAGCAGCUUAGAUAUGAGCCCAUUUUCUUUUGGGUCAACGAGACAUUUGUAGAAUAUUUGUGUUGUUCCUUUCUCCUCCCCCCCUUUUUUGUUUGUUUGUUGAGGUGUGACCAGACCUGAUGAACGGUAUUUUUAGCUUCUGAAGAGGCAAUACUUUGUUUAUUCUUUUUGUCAUUUUCAGUGAGAGCAAAAUACAGCAAUUCGCUAGGUGGAGACUCUGUCAGAUGGGUGGCACGACAUACAGUUGUUCAGACGUGGUUAUUGGUUAUAUAAACUAGUGCGUUCCCUUUGGCCUCGUUGA